GGUCAGAAGCAGAAGACAGCGAAGCUGAGGAGGAGGAGCCGCGGCCUGCUGCUGCUGCUGCUGCUGCUGCUGGUGCUGCUUUUACCUUUGACGACCCUGCAGUGUCGUGGGAGGACUGGAACCCGUUUGCGCUGCGACACAAACAGCAGCAGCUGCUGCUGCAGCGGCUGCAGCGCGAGGAAGAGGAGGAAGAUGAGGCAGCAGAAGCAGCAGAGCAAGCGGCCAUCGCUGCAGCAGCGGCAGAGGGCAGCAGCAGCAGCAACAGCAGCACGGCAGACGAAACAGACGCAGACAGAGAAGCUUCGACCGCAGCCACGCAACAGCAGCAGCAGCAGCAAGACCACCAAGAGCUAGGAAGAACAACAAAGGGAGCUGCAGCAGCUGCAGAGCCGAGGACCCCAAAGUCAAGGCAGCAGCAGCAGCAGCAGCAAAGCAGUGCUGCAGAUGCAGAAGACACAGAGGGUGAGGCUUCUCCCCGCUCAGCAGCAGUGCUGCGCUUCAGACCCAGCAAGGCAGCAGCAGCAGCAGCCAUAGCAGCUGCAGCUGCUGCAGCAAGCCCUCGAAAGACUGCUAGACAGGCAGCAGCAACAGCAACGAGGCCCACAGCUGAGUUGCAAGAGAGGGUCGGUUUAGUGCGACAGGUGCCGCUGCAGCCACUGCAGCAGCAGCCGGUGCAGCAGCAGCAACCAGCACUUCAACUGCAGCAGGCCAUGGAGCUGCUGCCGUCUCCGCGCCUGCUGCCUUCCUUAGCAGUUUCCUUUAUAGUCAAAGGACAGAAGCGGUGGGUGUACGCAGUGAACGAACACCCACGCGCCCCCAAGAGGCAGCGCACCGCAGCAGCAGCAGCAGCAGCAGCAGCAGAAGCAGCAGCUCAAGCAAAAGGCGAUGCGUGGGUGCAUUCUAGCGAGGAUCCAUGCAUUGUUUGUGUCUCCGUAGCAAGAGACAACUGCGACAGUAACCGCAGAACUGACAGCAGCAGCAGCAGCAGCAGUAGCAGCAGCAGCUGUAGUAGCAAUGGCUGUGAGACGACAGAAAAGGAGACAGUCUUGUGGAGCUACAGGCCAGGCCACGGGGUGUACGUGUCGCUGCUGGCAGUGGAUGCUGAUGCUGAUAUUGCUGCUGUUGUUGUUUGCCCCAGAAGGAAAAACAAGCAGAGGGACAGAGAGGCAAGGGAAGGACAGCAGCAGCAGCAGCAGCAGCAGUUGCUGCUUCUGACACUCUCUGCUGGAAUGACGCUGACUGUGCCGUCUUCUGGAUGCCUCUUUAGCCGCACCAUCUCCUCCAUGGCAUUUACCCGCCUUCAUGGGAUGCAGCAGCACAAUCAACAGCAGCAGCAGCAGCAGCAAAAGCCGCCGCUGCUGUUGCUGCUGCUUACCACAGACGCUUUGCUUUUCGGGCUAUCGCAGGGCCGCCUGGCCCCUCCUUGUGAUGCGCAGCCGAAGCUUGAGCUUCCGCGCUCACCGGCAGCUGCAGCAGAGAAGGUGUGGGCGCCGCAGUUUCUGCUGCCGUUGCAGGGGCUCUGCUGCUGGUCGCAGCAGCAGGAGCAGCAACAGCAGCAGGGAACUGACUCGGUGCUGUGGGUGGAGGCUUACCGCGGCUGGGGUUCGCUGGGUAAGCUGUUCAACCCCCAUGCAAACGCAGCAGAAGUGGGAGCAGCAGCACUAGCAGCAGCAGCAGCAGCAGCAGCAGCAGCAGCAGCAGAGGUGACAGCAGCAACUGAGGAACAACCCGUGGGGGACCCAUCUUCCUUGCUGACACCAGCAGCGGAGGCACUGGCAGAAGCAGUAGCAGCAACUGCUGUGGCAGCAGUAGGUGCUGCUGCUGCAGCGGCUUCACAGAAAAUCUGGCGUUUGUUGCAGAUGAGUUUAAACGGAUUGAUGACCUGGCGUUCUCAGCGUCAGACUUCUUCUCCCUUGUUUCCUGGGCUUCCUUAA